AUGUGGGCGGGGCGAGGUCGAGACGUCGAAAUGACGACGGGACCGCCCAUCAUCAUCGCAGCAUUCGAAAUGAGCUCACGGCAGACAUACGCUGUACUCUUCAUCGCCAGCAUAUUGGUGUUACAGUAUGUUACUGCACAGAGCGAUGACAUGUACGAAUUCCAAAGAGCGGCACGAGCUCCUAAAUUCAUUCGAUUUGGACGUGGAGGUGGAGCAAAAUUCAUUCGAUUUGGACGAAGUGGUUCGAAUACUUGGGAAAAUGACGUGUAUGACGAUGAUGUCAUUCCGGAGAUACUACGAGAAGACAAGCGAGCAGCAAAAUUCAUCCGAUUUGGUUGA